AUGAAGAAGUUCUUGCUGUAUUUGCAGGCUCUGCUGAAGGCGCAGAAGAUGGAGAACCUAUCAGCGGAGACCAAGAAGGAGCUGAGCUCACGCCGUGCUGUGUUCCUGGAGGAGGUGAAGCAGGUGACAAACCCCGUUGUGCUCAAGGUCAUUAACGAGAAGAAGGCUGAGCUCAAGGAGUAG